GUCUUUCUAACGCACAAUACCCAGUGUCCACUCUAUCUCACAAUUGGCAUCUACGUCCUCUACCCACGCAAGCUUGUCAUUGAAAAAGUCCUUGGCUUUGGUGUCUAUGGAUGGCGGAAGCGACAUUCAACACGGAAACCCCCAGUCUGAUUUCAGCUUGAGUCGGUUUCUUGUAGAUUCCGUGGAAUUUUCCCAUUCUGCUUCCUACUUUGCUUUCCUAGACAGUUUUUGGGACAAAAUUAAGCUUCUCUGGGUACUUACUGCCACAUGGGUAUACGGAAACAGUCGCCAUUGUGCAAACUCUGUCCUUCCAGUGUAACAAACAAGAGCCCAGCGUGAGGUACCAACGCGUGACGUACGCCACGCACACUGCAGCACCAGUCCUGGGCGACCAGGACCCUCCGCGCCGACCGGCCGCAGCCAGAGGCCGCCCCAGCUUGGCGGCCCUCCACUGGGCCACAGGGCCCCGCCGGCUGUUUCUUCGCUCACCCCCGCCCUCCGCCUCGCCCGCCCUUUCCCGGUCUCCGCCCCGUCCUCCCGUGCUGCCCCGCGCGGGCCGCAGCUGUUCUGCCGGCGGCCGUCCCUCCCUGGCGCGCGGACCCAGAGCGCCACUCCGCCCCGCCCCCAAGGCAGGCAGCCGUCCCCCUACAUCCGGGUACCGACUCCAGCCGCCCAGAUUCUGGCACUAUGGUCAUGGCGGAGGGGACGGCAGUGUUGAGGCGGAACAGGCCGGGCACCAAGGCGCAGUGUUGUUAUGAGUAACUUACAGGAUUUCUAUAAUUGGCCUGAUGAAUCCUUUGAUGAAAUGGACAGUACACUUGCUGUUCAGCAGUAUAUUCAGCAGAACAUAAGAGCAGAUUGCUCCAAUAUUGAUAAAAUUCUUGAACCACCUGAAGGCCAAGAUGAAGGUGUAUGGAAGUAUGAACAUUUAAGGCAAUUCUGUCUUGAGCUAAAUGGACUUGCUGUCAAACUUCAGAGUGAAUGCCAUCCAGAUACUUGUACUCAAAUGACAGCAACUGAACAGUGGAUUUUUCUGUGUGCAGCUCAUAAAACUCCAAAAGAGUGUCCUGCUAUAGACUAUACUAGACACACGCUUGAUGGUGCUGCAUGUCUUCUGAAUAGCAAUAAAUAUUUUCCUAGCAGGGUUAGCAUAAAGGAAUCAUCUGUAGCAAAACUAGGAUCAGUAUGCCGUAGGAUUUAUAGAAUAUUUUCGCAUGCUUAUUUUCAUCACCGGCAGAUAUUUGAUGAAUAUGAAAAUGAAACCUUUUUGUGUCAUCGGUUUACUAAAUUUGUGAUGAAAUACAAUUUGAUGUCCAAGGAUAACCUGAUUGUACCAAUUUUAGAAGAGGAAGUUCAGAAUUCAGUUUCUGGAGAAAGUGAAGCAUGAAGGGAAUCGUACAGAAAAAUGUACUGAUCACAUAAUUAACGUUAAUUAUGUACUGUAUAUAUCAUUUUAGACACAUCAAUCAUGUAUCCAUAUUAUAGCUUCUUUGUUUAGAUUAGGUUUUUGUAUGCUGUGUGUUGCCUUUUAAAAGGGGAAAUACUUUUUAAGUUAUUCAUAAGCUGUAUAUUCACCGGUGUGGCACUCAUGGUUUUUUAAAUAAGAUUAGUAUUAUCUGUUUAUAAUGCCUGUUAAUAAAAGAAUUUACAGUUUGGUAAAAUUGCUGCUAAACAAUCAUUGGAUUACAAUCCUCAUCAAAUAAACCCAUAUAUAAAAAGAUGAGUAAGCUUGAGGUCUUGCACAAACCAUUUACUAAAGAGAUAGUAAUGUUUUCCUUUCAUUUUGUCCCUGAAUUUAGAUAUUAUAGAAAAUUCUAUAGAACAUAAACUGUAAACUUUUCCAAAAUGAGAUAAAAGUACUUUAAAAUUCUGUUUAUAGUUUUUGAUAUGCAUUUAUGAUUAUGUGUAUAUCCAAAUAUAAAUGCAAAUGAAGCAUUAGUAAUUCUUAUAUAAUCUUACUAUGCUAUAUAAAGUAUAUUCUAGGCCAGCAUACUUGGAAAGGAUAUACCUUUUUACAACAGUGGACUGUUACAUAUAAGUUGAUGCUAAUGAUAAGGCACAUAAAAGGUAUUCCCACUGGAAAUCUGUUCACCCCCUUCUCACUUCCCAUAAUCCUGUCUCCAGAUACUUUAGCUGAGAAGUCUUUCACCAGACUGUGACUUAGUGGUGACUUAUACCUGUUUAUACUCAUGUUUGUAUUAAUUGCUUACAGAUUUACCUCAUAUUAGCAAGUAUAUUACACUACAAGAAAGAUGUGUUGGCAUAGGCUCUUUGUUUUGUGAAAAUUUUCUAACUACUUGGAAAACAGACCUUAAAGCCAUUUGAUUCUUCCUCUCAGUAAUAUUAAUCUUUUCAUCUUACUCUAGGCAGCAUUAAAUAGAGUUGAAGAAAUAUUAUAGUAUUUAUUUUGUACCCUUUCUCCACAAAAUUUGAAUUAAAUACAUAUGUGAGGUUAUUUGCAAUAAUUGAUGCAAGGGUGUUGAUGAAUGGCCAUACAUUUUUUAGACUUUGUUGUAGCAUAUAAGAAUUUGGGUGCAGAUGUAACGAUCUUAUAAUCUAUUGAAUGCAGUUUUUCAUGGAGUACUAGAGAGGUCUUAUUGCCAAAUUGAUUGUAAUGAGGCACUAAGAUAGGGUAGAAAAAUUAUACAUGUAGUGAAGAAAAUACUUAAACUCAUCUCUAAGACAUAUUUAACAAAUGUGAGAAAAUUUUUCAUUUAAAAUAGUUAUUUUGAAAUGAAGAUGAAAAUGUAUUCAUCUUGAUUGUCUUCAAAGAAAUUAUUUAUACCAUAUUAUGAGACAAGUAUGCAAAGAAAAAAAUAUGAGAAAUAGUAGCAUACUGAGAGUGUGUGUAUAUAGUUUAUGCCUUUCCAAGGCUGCCAAUCGUUUUGGCUUUGAACAGUACUGUCCCAGCAGCCACAGUCCUUAUUGUACCCCAACUCACAGCUAUCUUUUAGAAGUUUUAUGUUCACGGUGAAAGGAAUGUUGAGUUUGAAAUUAUACGUUUUUUUUUAAUGUCACUAUAAACUAAUGGAAUAGUAAUUUUUAAGCAAACUUGCUGAAUAUUGAGAGAAUAACCUACUAAGUUAAAUUAUAGAUAGCAAUGUAGCUCUUCUCUCUUGAUGGUUUCUCAUAAUGGCUUUCUGUUACUUGACUAUUUUCUUGGUGAACAUUAGAACUAAAAUAGUGACUGGAAUUGGUUAUCUGGCUAAGGAUUUUGAAACACAUUUUGAAUAAUAUGACUUAGUGUUUAAUGGGGAAAUAAAAUGAUAUUUUUUCGUAUUCA